CAUGAACGCGACCUGAAAAUUUCCCAGGAAUUAGGUGACAGAUCAGGAGAGGAGAGUGCGUAUAGCAAUCUUGGCAACGCCCAUAACAGUCUGGGAGAUUUUAAAACAGCCAUAUACUACCAAGAACGUUGCCUGAAAAAAGCAAGGGAACUGGGUGACAGAUCAGGAGAAGCAGAGGCGUAUAGCAGUCUUGGAGAAGCCCAUCAAAAUCUGGCACAUUUUAAAACUGCCAAGGACUACCAUGAACGUCACCUGAAAAUUGUCAAAGAACUAGGGGACAGAUUGGGAGAAGAAAGAGCGUAUGGCAAUCUUGGUAACGCCCAUGACAGUCUGGGAGAUUUUAAAACAGCCAUAGACUACCAUGAACGUUGCCUGAAAAUUGCGAAAGAAUUGGGUGACAGAUCCGGAGAAGGAAAGGCGUAUGGCAACCUUGGCAGCGCCCAUGACAGUCUGGGAGAUUUUAAAACAGCCAUAGACUACCAUGAACGUUUCCUGAAAAUAGCGAAAGAAUUGGGUGACAGAUCUGUAGAAGGAGGAGCCUAUGGUAAUCUUGGCAACGCCCAUGACAGUCUGGGAGAUUUUAAAACAGCCAUAGAAUAUCAUCAACGUGACCUGGAAAUUGCAAAAGAAUUGGGUGACAGAUCGGGAGAAGGAAGAGCGUAUAGCAAUCUUGGCAAUGCCCUUGACAGUCUGGGAAAUUUUAAAACAGCCAUAGACUACCAUGAUCGUCACCUGAAAAUUGCAAAAGAACUAAAUGAUAGGUCCGGAGAAGGAGCUGCGUAUUGCAAUCUUGGAAACGCUUAUGACAGUCUGGCAGAUUUUAAAACAGCCAUAGACUACCAUGAACGUCACCUGAAAAUUGCAAAAGAAUUGGGUGACAGAUCCGGAGAAGGAAAAGCGUAUGGAAAUCUUGGCAAAGCCCAUGACAGUCUGAGACAUUUGAAGAAAGCAUAUGAAUACCAUGAGCGUACCAUGAGCGUGACUUGAAAAUUGCGAAAGAACUGGGUGACAGAUCCGGAGAAGGAAGAGCGUAUGGUAACCUUGGCAACGUCCAUGACAGUCUGGGAGAUUUCAAAACAGCCAUAGACUACCAUAAGUGUGGCUUGAAAAUUGCGAAAGAAUUGAGGGACAGAUGCGGAGAAGGAAGGGCGUAUUGCAAUCUUGGCAACGCCCAUUACUCUUUGGGAGAUUUCAAAACCGCAAGAGACUUCCAUGAACGUCACCUGAAAAUUGCAAAAAAAUUGGGUGACAGAUCUGGAGAAGGAAAAGCGUAUGGCAAUCUUGGAAACGCUUAUGACAGUCUGGCAGAUUUUAAAACAGCCAUAGACUACCAUGAACGUCACCUGAAAAUUGCAAAAGAAUUGGGUGACAGAUCCGGAGAAGGAAAAGCGUAUGGCAAUCUUGGCAAAGCCCAUGACAGUCUGGGAGAUUUUAAAACAGCCAAAGACUACCAUAAAUGUUGCCUGAAAAUUGCGAAAGAACUGGGUGACAGGUUGGGAAAAGGAAAAGCCUAUUGCAACCUUGGCAACUCUCAUCUCAAUUUGGGAGAAUUCGAAAAAGCUUCUGAUUGCCAUGAGAGUUAUCUGAAAAUUGCGAAAAAACUAGGUGACAAAAUAGGCGAAGGAAGAGCGUAUAGCUGUCUUGGCAACGUGCACUACAGGCUAGGAGAUUUUAAAACAGCCAAAGAAUACUAUCAACGUCAUUUGACAAUUGCGAAAGAACUCGGUGACAGAUCAGGAGAAGAAAAAGCGUAUGGCAAUCUUGGUAAUGCCCAUACAAGUCUUGGAGAUUUUGAAACUUCCAUAGACUACUAUAUAUGUCACCUGAAAAUUGCGAAAGAACUGGGUGACACCCUAGGUGAAGGAAUGACGUAUUCAAAUCUUGGUAAUUUUUUUGAAUUACUGGGCCAGAGUCCGGUAGCUAUUGAGUAUUACCAACAAGGUAUUACUUUUUUAAACAAUAUUAGAGAUUGUCCUCAAUUGAAAGACGAGUUGAAAAUAAGCUUACGUGAUCGAUACCAGAGUACAUACGCAGCGCUUUGGCGUUUGAUGUUGACGGAAGGUGAUGUUACAGAAGCUUUGUUCACCGCCGAGCAAGGACGGGCACAAGGUUUAAAAGAUCUUAUGGAACUAAACUAUUCCUUUAAAAGGAGUGAUGCGUAUGGUGGAUCAGGUACAGGAGUCAAAACAGUCAAUGAACUGCUUAGUUACCUUCCUCCAAAUACAAUUUUCAUAGCCUUUGGAGAGAACGAAUUAAUCUUCUGGGUCUGUCAGAGAGGAAAGGAAUUUGAGUUACGAAAGAAACAAAUCCAUUCAGAGAAUGAAGUCGAAACUUUCUUAAAGGAUCUUCUGCAGGUUGUGCAGCAGGAAACUGGAAUAAGCGGUCUUGUGAAGUGUGAGGAUCGAUCACUUGAAUUAGCGGAUAGCCUAGUACUUAAAAGAUCAUCCCAGCAUGAAAAACAAACCCAGCACUUGAACCUACAAAGAAGCGCUUUGAGUUCAUUGUAUGACACCAUCAUUGAGCCUAUUCAAGAUCUUCUUUUGGGCACUGAACUCAUGUUCGUUCCUAACGGUCCACUUUGCAUGGCUCCUUUUGCUGCAUUCAAGGGCCCAGAUUCCAAGUACCUUUGCGAGUCAUUCAGAAUUCGGGUGGCUCCAUCCCUCACAAGCUUGAAAAUGAUUGCGGAUUGUCCAUUAGAUCACCAUCACAAGUCAGGUGUACUUCUAGUUGGUGACCCUUUGACAGAGCUUCCACCGCUACCAUGUGCCAGGAAGGAAGUAGAAAUGAUUGGCAGAAUGCUUGGCAUCACACCUGUACUUGGAACACAGGCCACAAAGGAUGAGGUUUUAGCCCGACUCGGUUCUGUAGCCUUGGUGCACAUCGCUGCACAUGGGAAUAUGAAAACGGGCGAGAUUGCCCUAGCGUCAACAGAAGAUGUGAAAAAAGACAUUUUGACGAUGAGAGAUGUACUGGGUGUUCGAUUGCGAGCAAGACUAGUUGUACUCAGUUGCUGUCACAGUGCUCAUGGUGUGAUCAAAGCCGAGGGUGUGGUCGGUAUAGCACGGGCAUUUUUGGGUGCUGGUGCUCGUUCUGUUUUGGUGUCAUUGUGGGCGAUUAAUGAUGAAGCCACUUUAGAAUUCAUGAAACAUUUCUAUCAGCAUCUUGUGAAAGGGAUAAGUGCUAGUGAAUCCUUGAAUCAAACAAUGAACUGUAUGAGAGAAUCUGAGGAGUUUAAUGCAGUCAAGUAUUGGGCACCAUUCGUGCUUAUUGGUGAUGACGUCACAUUGGAAUUUGCUGUGAACGACUAG